CCUCUCAGCUCCUCCUCCAUAACCUCUCUCUCUCUCUCUCUCUCUCUCCAUUUGUAUAUAUACCUCUGCCUCUCAUCUCACAACAUAAUUCAGCCAGCCACUCUCUCUUCCUCUCUCUCUCUCUCUCUCUCUCUCUCUCUCUAUAGCUCUCUAAUUCUUUGAAGUAGAGCUAUAGAAAUGGCUUCCAUGAUUCAAAUGCCUACCACAAACAUGAACCAACAUGUGACGUUUCCCAAAAACAUUGGGAUACGCUCGGUUACUUUUGGGCAAAUUUGUCUGGCAAAAAAAACUGAAGUGGCAGCUGCCACGAGACACGCAGUUUCUAUGUCCGCAGCAGCAGUCGCUGAAGUGGUAACAAGAAAUACUACUGGAGCCAAUAUUAACAAUACCAGCUCUAGCACUAGUUUGGCUGAUCAAUGGAGAGAAAUACAAGGAUCAAACAACUGGGAAAACCUGGUGGAACCAUUGCACCCACUUCUCCGGCAAGAGAUCAUUAGAUACGGAGACUUUGUCACAGCGUGUUACAAGGGCUUUGAUCUCGACCCCAACUCCAAACGCUACCUCAAUUGCAAAUACGGAAAGAAAAACAUGUUCAGAGAGGUUGGAAUGGAAAAUUGCGGUUAUGAAGUCACCAAGUACAUCUACGCCACUCCAGACAUCAACAUCCCAAUCCAAAAUGGAGAGUCGUGCGGCCGUUGGAUUGGAUAUGUCGCCGUCUCAUCAGAUGCUGCGGUUAAGAGGCUUGGAAGAAGAGAUAUUAUUGUUACCUUCAGAGGCACUGUUACAAACCCUGAGUGGGUUGCAAACCUAAUGAGCUCACUCACUCCCGCAAGGCUCGAUCCUCAUAAUCCAAGAAAUGAUGUAAAAGUGGAAUCUGGGUUUUUGAGCUUGUACACGUCAGAUGAAAGCCAAAGCAAGUUUGGACUAGGAAGUUGCCGGGAACAGCUUCUUUCUGAGGUGUCGAGGUUGCUAAACAAGUACAAAGGUGAGAAGUUAAGCAUAACUAUGGCAGGACAUAGUAUGGGGAGUUCAUUGGCUCUUCUUCUUGGUUAUGACAUCGCAGAGCUCGGGUUAAACCGAGAUAAUUCCGGAACGAAAACACCGAUUACAGUGUUCUCGUUCGGAGGCCCAAGGGUUGGAAACUCGGGGUUCAAGCAAAGGUGUGAGGAAUUGGGUGUGAAGGUGUUGAGAAUAGUUAAUGUGAAUGACCCCAUUACCAAGAUGCCUGGGGUUGUUUUCAAUCAUGAAAAUUUUAGGGUUUUGGCAGGUGAGGGGUCAUUUGAGUUCCCAUGGAGUUGCUCGUGUUAUGCACAUGUGGGAGUUGAACUAGUACUUGAUUUCUUCAACAUGCAAAACCCUUCAUGUGUUCAUGACUUGGGGACUUAUAUUAGCUUGCUCAAAUGUCCAAAGAGAGUCCAGAUUCAAAAGGAGGGAGCGGAUUUGAUGAACAGAGCUAGAGAACUGCUCUUGAAAAUGGAUAUGAGUGCUCGAAAUCUCAACAUGCAGCUGCCGAUCCCAUGGAGAAGUGCUUCUGGUAGCAGUCCCACCAGCAACAUGGUGAACCUUCAGGUUCAAUCGCAAAGAACAUAAUUGUUCAUAAAGUUUAGGGUAUUUAUAUGUAUACCAACUUCAUCCCCACCCUUGUAAUUUUUGUUUAGGAAGGGGUUUGUGAUUAGAAUAGUCAUGAUCUAAUGCAUAAGCUUGUACAUUAGGAAAUAGUUGAUAACCUCUGGAAAGAAAUCGAUCAAGAGGUUAAAAGUUUUGCUAUCAAAUGAAACUACUAUAUGAUUUAUCAAA